AUGCUUCUCCGAGGCUGCGGAGGCAACGAGAACCAAUUCAAUACGUCAGCCGAGUGCAAGGAAAAAUGCGUCCGGGACAAAAAAGACUCGAGCACCCCAAAAGGCGACAAAGGAUUAGUUGUGGUCGAAUGCAAAAUCAAAACCGAUGCGAAAAUUGAUGAAAAAGCGAAAAGUUGCGAUGAUGGUUGUCCGAUAGGAUAUCGAUGCAAUGACCACAACAAAUGCUGUCCAAUGAAAGAGUACAUCUGUUCACUACCGAUGGCCACUGGUACUGAAAGUUCAACUACCAAGCAUUACGCACGAUACGUCUACAUGCCAGGCCUUUCCAACUGCAUACGAUUCAGCUAUUUUGGUAACGGCGGCAAUUUCAAUAAUUUCCUCACAUAUAACGACUGUAAGAAUUUCUGCAUGGGAAAACCACCAAAAUAA